UGACUAUUUACCACAAUCUCGCGAGAUCUUGUGCCACCUUACACGGAGGAUACUUACAGCUACAGUCUUGUCUCGUUACGCGGUCGACAUCACAUUCUUCUGCUAAACAGACAACAUAAUACAUAUUUUUGCUGAACGUUCACAACUCUAUCGUAGGUGUCAUGCGCGCUCCUCUGCGGUGGGUGCUGUGGGAUGUAAAAGACACUCUGCUGAAGGUGCGUUCCUCUGUCGGAGAACAAUACUGUGAUGAGGCUAAACGAAUGGGCCUCAGCCUCAACCCUGCGGAGGUCAAUGCUGCUUUCAGUCAGGCGUAUCGACAUCAUUCCAGCACAUUCCCAAACUACGGCAUCACUCACGGACUGGAUGGACAGUCUUGGUGGAAGGCAGUGGUGAAAGCCACCUUCUCCCUGUGCAAGGUGCGGGACCCGGCCAUACUGAAUACGAUGGCCCACCAUCUAUACCAGAACUUCAGCAAAGCAGAGAACUGGGAGGUAUUUCCAGACUCAAAGGUGGCUUUGGAGAACUGCUCCUUGCUGGGACUGCAGCUGGGAGUGGUUUCCAACUUUGACAACCGCCUUGAAGCCAUCCUACACAGUUGUGGGCUGCUGUCUCACUUCAGCUUCCUGGUGACGUCAGAAGGAGCAGGUGUAGAGAAGCCCGAGGCGGCCAUUUUUAACCAGGCACUGCAGAAGUGCGGCGUGCCGGCUGCCAGCGUAGCGCACGUCGGGGACCACUACGUGAACGAUUACCUGGCGUCACGCUCGGUCGGUAUCCAUGGCUUCCUUUUGGACCGAAAAAGCCCCUUUGAGCGACGUGAUGUCCCUAAAGAGCAUCGGCUGUCAUCGCUGGAUGAGCUGCCUGUGCGACUUAAACAGCACAUGGACGCACAAUAGCAUCAUUUUAUUGAUGCACUUCCAUCCAUCCAUUCCCUACCGUUUGUCCCUCUUCGGGCUGCUGGAGCCUAUCCCAGCUGCACUCAGGCAGAAGGCGAUGUACACCCUGGACAAGUCGCCACCUCAUCGCAGCGCCAACACAGACAGACAACAUUCACUCACAUUCACACACAGAAUGAAGGAAUUCCAAAGGGAGCUUGUCUUGCUUGAACACCAGUUACAUUUUUUCUUAGUUGUGUAAUGUUCUAAUCCAACAUGUGUUUUAUUGCCUCUGUCGCAAGCCAAUAUAAAACAAACUUUGGACUGCACUUCGAACAACUCUGAACUAAAAUAUUAAUUUGUGCACAUUGAACCAACAGGCUGUGAUAUUAAGAGACAUAAACAGGAAGUGAACCCGUGUGACGUCACAUAAACCGGACGUGCACCCUUUGUUUUGCCUCCCAAACUGUAAGAGAAAAUAAUUUAGUUAAAUGAUCAUUAAUUUUCCCUAUAGUAAGCAAAAAAAAGGCCACACAGACUGUUUAAUUUAAUUCUUCAUUUGAAAAGAAAUAUAGACCAAGAGUCCGUCCAAAAGACAGGUUAAGCAUCAGUUGGACCCUCUUUUGUAUUGGAAAUACAUGUAAAUACACAACAUUGUGUGUGUGUUUACACACAUCAAAGCUGUAAUAGGAGACGGAGGAACAUUACUCUGUAAACAUCAGACACAGAAAGUUUGUGUAUCGCUCCGUGCCUCUCCUUUGGCAUCGGCUUACCACCACAUCAAUUUUUAAAUGGUAGAAGCUGCCGCGUUUUAACUGUCAGUUUUAACAUUCUUUGCUGCUUUGCCAAUUUUGGAGGAGCAUUUCUUUUGUCUUUUUCUGACAGAUCUGAAAUUAAGAGGCAAUUCCAAAACACACCAAUAGUGGAUUUAGAUGAAAUAGGUGCACCAAAAAAGAUAAAAUCUGUGAUUUACAAGAAAAGUGCAGAUUUUAGGAAGCAUUGAGCAAGCUUGCAGAAAAGUGCCAUGUGAACUAAACGUAGUGGAGGACCAAACACCCGAUGUGCACCAGUGGUGUGUUUUCCCUCUCCGGCUCUUCCAUUUAAAAACCUCUGGCCAACAUUACAGAACUAAAACUGACAGAUAUUUUACUCUUAUCAUAACUGGAAACAUGGCGUUGGAAAUGAAACACGCUCUGUUUGACGGACAUCCAGGGAUCUUCAGCUGUUCAGUCCAUCAAUUCCCAUUUCUGUCACGUGAA